GAGACGUCGACCAAUAAAAGCCAUGAUUCAAAACCUUAAAGGCUGGGUGUGGGGCAUAUCUGCACACACAGGCAAACAAGAACAAAGUAACACGCUGAUUUACAGACUCCUUCAUGAUCAGAAACACACACAUGUAGAAUAAACUGUCCCGGUUUACAGCGUUGUUAAAACUUAUCCUGCGAUCCCACUGGUGGGAGGCUUUUUUAGGACCGGUGGGGGCAGGGCAGCAGAGACUAGGGGGGGUUAGACUGUCCAUUUGCCUUUUAUAGCUGCCCACUCCAGUUAGUAGCAAGAGAGAGAAAGAGAGAUCUGGGGGCCGACAUAAUGAGGGGUGGGGGGGCAACGGUACAGAAUGGACUGACCGCUGGACGCACACGUAUGCAAACACACGCUGGGACCUUGGUGAGGGAGCACGCAUGACGUUGUUUUGUUGUUUGAACAAUGUUUCGCCCCAGAGGCACAAACAUGUGAAUUGGGCAUUUGGGGUUGAUUAAAGUGGAGCAGCACUGAUGUGUUUUUUAGUUGUUGUUUUUAUUAUGGGCGUAAAUGUUUCAUCAGUGCAAAUCAAUACACCAAGUGAUUGUCGCAUGCAAUAAGUAUGACUGAAAAGAAUAAUUAUCAGAGAGUGGGGAGGGACAGAAGUGUAAUCUGUGUGUGAACAAGUGAGAGGGCGAUUCAGCGUUUCUUUUUUUUUCCUCAGCGUGCACUCAGGAUUGAGAAAGGACAAGUGAGGGAGAGUGUAUAUUAGCUUGUGUGUCUGAGUAGUAGAGAGCUAGAGAGUAAGACAGAGGGAGAGAGCUUUUGCCUGGCUUUUCUCUGCUGUGCCUUUCAGCUCCUCUCUCACUGUAGAAAGAGGCGUGUCCAUGGACCAGUAUAAAGUCCAAGGAGAGCCACUCAUGUUGAGCCAUUCUCAGGAGCGAGUCCUUUACACUGCACACCAGCAAGAGGAGGAAACUGCAGCUGUUACUUAAAAAACGCUGGCUUUUGAUGACCUGCUUUGGACACUUGUAGACCAGAUUUUUUUGGGUGUUUCAUUAGAGGGCGGGCGAGCCUCUGGACUUAAAGGAGAGAGCAAGACUCACCUGAACACAGUGGUGGAUAUACCUUCCUGCAACUGUUUCAUUCCAACACAACAAAAACUAGUUCUUAUCACCACUACAUUUGCCAGACGAGCAGAUCACGAGCAGGCUCCAAUUUCGGCGCUGUGAAAUUGAAUCAGAGGAACGGAGAGGCAAUACAGCAGAGGCAUUGUGUCUCUGCAAUUGAAACACUAACCAGCUGAAAAUAUCAAAGACUAUCCUGGACAAAGCGUUCCUCUCAAACCUCCCUUGUUGCUCUAAAAUCUGCUUUUGAAGUUGAAAGUGAUCAAAAGCUGCACAACACUCAGAGGAGAGGGAAGCAAAAAAAGGGGGAGCAUACGCACGAGGGCAAAGGAUUGCGUGCAGGUGCCGGGGCUGCCAUGGUGCGUGGAGGUGGCGUGGCAGUAGCUCCGUCCUGCUGGAGCCUUUGGGUAUUUGGCGCCCUGUCGCUGGUGGCACUGGGCUUGUCGGACCAGGCCAUACGUUGCCCGGUGUGCUCCGAGGAGAGGCUGGCCAGCUGCCGUCUGCCAGAGGGCUGCGAGGAGACGGUGCGAGAGCCCGGCUGCGGUUGCUGCCCCACCUGCGCCCUGCCAAAAGGGGCUCACUGUGGCGUCUACUCGCCCCGCUGUGGCACGGGCCUCCGCUGCUACCCACCGCGUGGUGUGGAGAGACCACUGCACUCGCUGAUGCACGGCCAGGGGGUGUGCACUGAUGAGAGGGAAGUGGAGGAGAACUCAGCUAUGGACAGGCAGGAUGAGAUCAUCCCUGAGCACCCAAACAACAGCAAUAUCCGGUGCAGUCCACAGGACAAGCGCUGCAUACAGAAGACUCUGGCACGACACCCUCCAAAGUCCACAAAUCAGAGAAGCAACACAGCCAGAGAGGAGACCAAGGCGGCACUGGCUCCAUGCCGUGCUGAGCUACAGAGAGCCUUGGACAGAUUAGCAUCAAACAGCCGCACACACGAUGAUCUCUUUACAAUCCCCAUACCCAACUGUGACAAGAACGGAGACUUCCACCCCAAACAGUGUCAUCCUGCACGUGACGGCCAGCGUGGAAAGUGCUGGUGUGUGGAUCAGAAGACGGGCAUGAGACUGCCGGGCCCGUUGGAGCUGCGAGGAGAUCUGGACUGCCAUCAGUUAAUGACUGCUACCCUGAGGGAUUGAGGGGUG